AACCAGCGCUAUUCAAAGCUAAUCAUCAUAGAUUAUCACCGGCCAGAAAAGGAACGAGAACAUGAAAUUAUGGCUUUGGGAGGGACUCAUGCUCAGCUCAUGAGGAAGAGAGCCAGUUCUGCUAUUACUAUUGAGACACUAUUCAAGCCUGAUAAACACGGGCUAAAACCUCAAAUUAUUGUGCUGCAGGGAGUAGCAGGAAUUGGUAAAACUAUGACAGCAAGAAAAAUCAUGUUAGACUGGGCCUGUGGAGAGCUGUAUGAAGACAUGUUUGAUUAUGUUUUCUAUAUACAUUGCAGAGAAGUGAACCUCUUUACAGAGGAAAGUAGUAUUGCUGAAAUGAUUUUAAAACAAUGGGCCAGUAAGAACACAAUUAAAGCGAUACUGAAGAAUCCUAAGAAACUCCUGUUCAUAGUUGAUGGUUUUGAUGAAUUAAGGUUUUCCCUUGACCAGCCGAAAGAUUGCCUGUGUACUGAUCCCUGGCAAAAGAAGCCAGUGGGAAUCCUAUUGAGUAGUUUAUUUCAGAAACAUGUUCUUCCUAAAUCGUGUUUGAUCAUCACAACAAGGCCAACGGCUUUACAGAAACUACAUCAUUGCUUGGAGUGCUCACGUUAUGCGGAGAUCCUGGGCUUUUCAGAGAGGGACAAGAGGGAAUACUUCCACAAAUUCUUUCAAGAUAAACAUGAAGCAGAAAAGGCUUUUGGGCUUGUAAGACAAAACGAGACACUCCUCACCAUGUGCUUCGUCCCCAUCGUGUGUUGGGUUGUCUGCACUGUCAUGAAACAGCAGAUGGAGAGAAGUGAGGACUUUGCACAAACAGCAAACACACUCACGGCUGUCUAUAUGCUCUACCUUUACAGUUUGUUCAAGUCAGACAAAAGGUAUUCAAAGCAACUUCAUGGUAACAAGUUGAAAAGUCUGUGUUCUUUGGCUAUUGAUGGAAUCUGGAAACAGGAAAUACUAUUUGGGGAGGACGAAAUCAAGGACCGUGGAUUAGAUCAGUAUGAUUCUCUCCCUCUUUUUAUGAGUGAGAAUAUUUUCAAAAGAGACAUUGACUGUGAAUGUGUCUACAGCUUCGUUCACUUAAGCUUUCAGGAGUUUUUUGCUGCUUUAUCUUUUGUAUUCGAGGAAGAACAGGCACAGGAUUCUGAGAAACUGAAUCUCGAGAUCACUUCUGCCUGUUGUGGGAAUCUCGCCUCUACUCUUAGCACCAAUCAAAGUUUGACAGAGUUGGUCCUGAAAAGGAACACAAUAGGAGACACAGGAAUUAGGCUCCUGUCUGCUGGACUAAGACAUCCAAAGUGCAAACUGAAGAAAGUGAGGUUGACUAGUUGUAAAAUCACAUCUUCUGGUUGUGGGGAUCUCUCUUCUGUCCUCAGCACAAGCCAGACACUGAAAGACCUAGGUUUAGGUAACAAUGAACUGGAAGAUUCUGGAGUGAGACUGCUAUGUGAGGGUUUGAGAGCUCCACACUGCAAAAUACAGGCAUUAAAGUUAGACUCCUGUGGCAUCACAUCUUCUGGUUGUGGGGAUCUCUCUUCUGUCCUCAGCACAAGCCAGACACUGAAAGAGCUGCAUUUAAGGGAGAAUGAACUGGAAGAUUCAGGAGUAAGACUGCUAUUUGACAGCCUGAAAAAUCCACAUUGCAAAAUACAGAAAAUAAACUUGUCCAGAUGCUGCCUGACAGCCGGAAGCUGUGAAGGUCUGUCUUCUGUUCUCACCACAAGCCAGGCCCUCACAGAGCUGGACGUGUCAAGGAAUAUGCUUGGAGACUCAGGAGUAAUAAUACUGUGUGAAGGGCUAAAACAUCCAAGCUGCAAGCUGCUGAAUUUGAGGUUACAGUUUUGCAAACUGACAGCAGCAUGUUGUGGGGAACUUUCCUGUAUGUUCCCUGCCAGCCAGACACUGAUAGACCUGGAUUUGUCGGGAAAUUACCUGGGAGAUUCUGGGAUCAUCUCAUUGUGCGGUGGGUUAAAACAUCUGGAUUGCCGACUGCAGAAGCUCAAGUUGUCUCGCUGCUCUUUUACACAAGCUUGUUGUAGCGAUCUUGCCCAAGUUCUUAGUAAAAACCAGCAUCUGAAAGAGUUAGAUCUGUCUAACAAUGAAUUAAGAGACAAUGGAGUGAAGCUGCUUUGUGAUGGUAUCAAACAUCCAGACUGUAAAGUAGAGACACUACUAGGGGACCAGGAGGAGGAGGAGGUGCUGAGCUGGCUGGACGAGCACAGCCAGGGCGACCGCCCCCAACCUGGGAAAAAAAAAAAAAGAGCUGCAGAUCCUUGGGAUAGUAUCUUCUGUCGCUUGUGUCCCCAUGGAGAGAAUCUUUCAGAAAAAAUCAAGCCAGAAGUUGUUUGGGACCCAGAAAGGAACCACCAAGCCUACAGGUUACACCUCCCUGGGGCUGGAUUCUUCCAUUGCUGUGACACUAACAUCAGGUUUGAAGUGAGAGCAGCUGUAACUAUACAAUACCAACAGGAUUCAUGGUAUAAACACUGGAAUGAAAGGAAGACAUGGAAGUUGAUUGUUGCAGGUCCUUUGCUCAACAUUCAAGCAACCCCAGCACAGGCUCUGUCAGCUGUUCACUUCCCUCAUUUGCUGUGUCUUGCAGGGAAACAGGAAGACAGCCCCAGAGUACAAAUUGCACAUUUUGCAGAAGGGAGGGUGACUCUCGAGAAGCCAGACGGUGUGGAGCCAUUUCACAUUGUGUUGAAACACCUCAGGUUGUCUCCCUGCGGUGUAGUUUUCAAAAAUACAUUCUUUAAAAGGAAAACAAAGGUCCAUGCUGCAGCACUGCUCUACCAGGUGCAUGGAGUCUCACCCCUAAAAUUCCAUCUAUAUCUCCUCCCCAACGAUUGCUCCCUGAUAAAGGCUAUCCACGUGCGUGAACUAACCUGCCUUUCAAGAAGAGUUCAGGUACCCACUCAGACUACCAAGCCUCUGACUAUUGGAUCUUGCUUUCUUGUGAGGAGGUCAGAGGAAGUCAAAGCCAGUCCCAAGGAGCUGAAGUUUAACUAUGUGGAUGCAGAGGCUGAGCAACAGUAUUUUGAAGUGUGUGCGCAGUGUAGAGAAGCGGAGCUGGAGCUUACCUUGGUGGAGAAGAUGAAGAAUGAAAUUUUCUGGAAAGUCUGUGUGAGACCAGAAGAACUUACAUAUGCAAUGCAAGAUCAGUAGACAUCCAUGGAGAGGGAUG